UUUCAAAAUUACACCAAGCAACUGAUAAGGCCUGAAGGAUUUCCUUUGGGAGCCAGAAACAACCUGCUUUUCUGUGUGUUUCAGGAGCCACGUAAGCAUGGUGGGGCAAAGCUCCUCUUCUAAAGUUCAAGCUCUUUACGAUCUCUGCACGACCACCUUCACGCCUUCGGGAAUUCUUCCUUCUUCCCCAGCUAUCCACAAGCUCUGCUGUCUUUUGGACACAGUUCACCCUGUUGAUGUAGGGCUUAAAGAGGAAAAUCCAGAUUAUGAUCCAGGGUAUGGCUUUUUUGUACUGAACAGAUUAAGUAGCGCAGCUAGAUGGGCUCAGCCAAUUACUUACAUAGAUAUUUAUGAGUGCGAUAGUUUUACGAUGUGUAUAUUCUGCUUUCCUACUUCCUCAGUUAUUCCACUCCAUGACCAUCCUGGCAUGACUGUUUUCAGCAAAGUUCUCUAUGGUUCCUUGCAUGUGAAAGCUUAUGAUUGGGUUGAACCUACCUGCAUUUACGAAAGCAAGGGAUCUUGUAAUUCACGAGUAAAGUUGGCGAAGUUGGCAGUUGAUAAAGUUUUGACAGCUCCAUGCGGGACAUCAGUCUUGUACCCAAAAAGUGGGGGGAAUCUUCAUUGCUUCACUGCAGUCACCCCUUGUGCUGUGCUCGACAUUCUCACACCCUCUUACAGUGAAGAUGCAGGGAGGAAAUGUACUUACUACCAUGAUUACCCUUAUUCCCCCUUCUGUACAGGAAAUGGAGCAGAAAUAAGUGAUAGUAAAGAAGAGGACUAUGCAUGGCUUGCAGAGAUAUCAACACCAGACAAUCUUUAUAUGCAUCAAGGAGUAUAUACAGGCCCAGCUGUUAAUGUGUAGCUCUUAUUAUCAGUAGAAUCUGUGCAUAUACUCACGUUUGGUUCAAGCUUCACAGACUUGUGAAUGUAAUAGCUUGCUAUCAGCCACAAAUCUGUUACUUUCUAUACUUAGCACAGAAUUUUGCACAUGAAAUUGUAUUCAUUACAUUAUCAAGUCUCCAAUAUGUUUUAUUAUUUAACUUGUACAGGUUUACUUUUUCAAUGGAUUUUCUAUUUUCCUUUACGGAGAAUGAUGUAGCAAUCAAAAUUUACCUUAUUGGACCUUUUUUCAGAUUAUCA